UCAAUUGCAUCUCAAAUUCUCUAAGACUAAUUCGUUUAAAAUCUCGACCCGAUUUAUCAUGUCUGACGCCACAGCUUGUACAGAGACAUUUGCGUCUGGUCGCUACUCAAAGCGCAAGAGGACUCAAGUCUCAUACCAUCUUGACGACUUGGAAUACUCAGACACGGAGUCUGAUUUUGAGAGCCCUCAAGCAAAGAAGCCCAAAGCCCAAACAACCAAACCACUUCCAAAGCGCAAGAUCUUUCCCUUCUUGGACCUUCCUGCGGAGAUCCGGAAUACCAUCUAUGAUUAUGUGCUCUACGAACCAUCCGGCAUCAACUUUGUCGGUACAUACCGGAAAAUGCGCCGCGUCGCCGCCCGCAUAUCAGCAGAAUACUUACUAAACGCCGGUGGCCGAAUCUACUCCCCAAUGUCCCAACAGGCAAUCGACAAUGCAAAUGGAGACCACAUUCCUCUCGUUCCAUCACUACUCGCCGUGAACAAGCAAAUCUACAAUGAGGGUAUCGACAUUUUGUACGGCAACCAACUCAUCUUCGCCGACAGCCUCGCCCUCUACAGCUUCCUCAUCAACCUUGGCCCUGUGCGUGCCCAGCACCUCAGGAAAAUCCGCAUCCUAGGCUGGCACUAUACCCGCGCAAUGAAAGUCUACAACAACGCAUGCUUUACCGCCCUCGCCUGGGCCACCAAUCUCACCUCGUUGGACAUCCACGCGCCAGUGGGUGGAUACCGCGCCCCGUGCGACGGAGCAAUCCAAUUCUACCGCGAUGCCUUUCCCUGGCUCGAAGCUGUUGGCGCUGCAAAAGGAAAGCCAGAUGCGGCUCUCGAUGUUCUGACCUUUGGUGGCGACUGGCUGUCGGAUUACUGGGGCUGCCGCAGCUCGGACGCUUCGGUGUCUGAGUAUGAGGAAAAGGUGGAGCGGUUCAAGACUGAAGUUGCAAAGUGCUUGGGUGCGCAUCGGGAUAGAAUUCUGGCAGUGCCUAAGAAGUCGGUGAAGAAGGCGAAGAAGGUGCAGUCUUGAGUGCAAUUUUUUGUUUUUUUGCAAGCGGGAUAAAUGGAUUUUGAGUUUGGAGUUUGGAGUUUGCAAUGGGAAGAAAUCAUCUUGAUAUUUCGCAUUCUGGGAGCAACGGGUGGGGGUCUACAUUGUGAUGGCACUGUUGGCACUUUGGCAUAUGGUGUCACCCUUUUUUCUUUCUUCUAAAUUUCCAUCCUGCGAGUAUGCAGCAGGGAGAUCAACUCUCACAUUUUCACUUUCCAACACAAUGAGUACCCAGUCAGGAAAAGAAAAGAAAUCAUUUUCCUCUGAAAAGAGACAACGAUUGCAUUUGAAAAAUAAAAUAAAAUUGGGUAU